UAAAUUCCGCAUGGCAUCGAGUUGCUUGUUUGUCGCCUCCAACUGUCUUUAGGGUCUGCUCGGAUGACCUUGAAGGAAACCAUCCUAAACAUAGUUACUACCCUAGGCACGUCCGACCAGCCGUCUGGUGAAACGUAGCAUGGGCUCUUCCUCGUUAAGUAUACGCUUAAACGGAGGUCCUUAUGUGUGGUUCUGCGCUGAUUGGCUGAGAUCAAGAUAGUUUGGAUCAUACAAAGUGCGGGCCGAAUGAGUCUGGGUAGAGAAUAACGAGGGAAACAUCCCAAAGUUAGUAUGUCAUACAUCGCGUUAUCACGACGCUCGUUGUGGAGUGCAGAUCGGAGUUUGGGCAGAGACCGAUGACGUUUUCCUUAGCGCAAUCGUGAGCUUCGAGCUUGCCGGCGCAACCUCUCGCUCUCUGCUGACGCCUCCAAUUGCACCCCACUCACCCAUCCAUCUGGUCAAUUCGUCUCGAGAUGUUCGCCAGACAGUUUUUCCGCCCGGCUAAGCAGCUGCAGCAGCAAGUCCGCCGUUAUGCGUCUGAGGCGCCCAAGUCCGGCAACAAGAGCGUCCUCUACACUGGUCUCGGCGCGGCCGGCCUGGCCGGUGCCUACCUCUACAUGAGGGGCGGCGAGGUGCCCUCGGCUGCCGAUGUGAAGAAGAUCCCCGCGCUGAAGGGCGAGGCCAAGAAGGCCUUCACUGGCGGCGACCAGGGCUUCCUGUCGCUGGUGCUCGAGAAGUCGGAGAUCAUCAACCACAACACCAAGAAGCUCACCUUCAAGCUGCCCGAGGAGGACCAGGAGAGCGGCCUGCCCGUGGCCUCUGCCGUCAUCACCAAGUACAAGGGCCCGGAGAUGCAGAAGCCCGUCAUCCGCCCAUACACGCCCAUCAGCGACGUGGACCAGCAGGGCACCGUCGACUUCAUCAUCAAGAAGUACAACGGCGGCCCCAUGUCCGAGCACAUGCACAACCUCGAGCCCGGGCAGCGACUUGAUAUCAAGGGCCCUAUCCCAAAAUAUCAGUGGAGCGAAAAUAAACAUGAACACAUUGCCCUGAUCGCCGGCGGCACUGGCAUCACGCCCAUGUGGCAGACCGCACGCGCCAUCUUCAAGAACCCCAACGAUAAGACCAAGGUCACCCUGAUCUUCGGCAACCUGACCGAGGAGGACAUCCUGAUGAAGCGCGAGUGGGAGGAGCUCGAGAACACGUACCCGCAGCGCUUCCGCGCCUUCUACGUGCUCGACAACCCGCCCGAGUCGUGGCAGGGCGGCAAGGGCCACAUCACCAAGGAGCUGCUGAAGACGGUGCUGCCGGAGCCCAAGCAGGGCGACAAGGUCAAGAUCUUCGUCUGCGGGCCUCCGGGCCUGUACAAGGCCAUCAGCGGCGGCAAGAAGAGCCCCCAGGACCAGGGCGAGCUGGACGGCUACCUGAAGGAGCUCGGCUACAGCAAGGACCAGGUGUACAAGUUCUAGAUGGGCGUGUUGUAGGAUAUGUCGGUAGAUAUAGAUUCCCCGUCAGCAAGCGACCGGUUCUCGAUAUACAUCGAGGGUGUAAAACGUGACCACGUGUGUUGAGCUCACUGUACUGGGUUACAACAUGAAGCACCGUCAACCGUAUCACAGCACGCUGCAAUCACUUGUAGCCGCCCAUAAACGUCCCACAGCGAUCCAUCCAGCGCCGAUAGACUCUCUGACACGCACUCUGCACACGCCCUCGCAAACCACGCCGCGAACCUCAACCCGCGAAAAUAUCUCGCAUUACCGCAGUCAUUAAAUAUAGAAAGAGAACCCCGUGGUAUCAGCCCGCCCAAACGCCCAACGAACCCAUCUCGCC